AGGGACCGGCAGGCGCUGAGGAGUAACAGGAUGUUGCUGGUCACCUCCAUGCAGCUGGGGGACAUCUGGGACCCUCUGGUGGAGAGGGGGUGUUCACCAAUGACAUGAUAGAGGAGAUCCAGAGAGCCGGGACACGCAGAGACCAAGCUCGCCAACUGCUGGUCGAAUUGGAGACUCGGGGGAGCCAGGCCUUUGUGCUGUUUGUAGUUUGUUUGAAGGAGACCGGACAGCACAGCCUUGCGGAUGCCCUCCAGGGGCGGCGGUGGAGGCCAUGUGGUAAAACCAGUGCCUGUAUCACCAAAACCAGUGCCUGUGACGCCAACACCAACCUCUCAUCUUCCUGCGGGGAGACACACGAGCCUCCAUCUAAUCCAGUUGUGAAGACUAAAUUACUGGACAUAGAAAAGGAUUACCCAUUGAAUUUUGAUCCUUGCGGUUAUUGCCUCAUCAUCAAUAACAUGGAGUUUGCGGAAUCCACCGGCCUGUCCUACAGAGCCGGCUCGGACAUUGACCGGCAGAAGAUGGAGAUGCGGAUGAGAUUGUAUCAUUUCGAGGUGUCUGUGAAGACUAAUCUGAAAGGAAUGGAAAUCCACGAGGAGCUCCAGCGUCUGGCUUCCAGAGAUCACAGCAAGAGGGACUGCUGCCUGGUCAUUAUCCUGUCCCAUGGCUGUGAGACUCGACACAAACGCGGUUUCCGGGCGGGGUUUACGGAACAGACGGCAUAAAGAUCCCUGUGGAGAGGAUUGUCACGUACUUCAAUGGUCACAACUGUCCGAGUCUGGGAGGAAAACCAAAGCUGUUCUUCAUCCAGGCCUGCGGAGGCGAUCAGAAAGAUAGAGGCAUAGCGGUGGAAUCUGCAGACCUCCCUGGGAAAUUUGACAAUUGUUCCUUGCAAUCUGAUGCCACUCCUGUCCCGUCCCUGGUGAGGAAGAUGGAGACGAAACGGAUGCAGUGGCGAGCCUGCCCACCUCCAGGAUGAUAUUCUGGUGUCCUAUUCGACCUUUUCCAGGUUACGUUUCCUGGCGCGAUAAGAAGAGCGGAUCAUGGUAUGUGGAGACGCUAGAUGAAGUCCUGGAAAACUACGCUACGUCUUUAGACCUGCAGACUCUGUUGGUCAUGGUGGCAAAUGUUGUAUCAACAAAAGGAACAUAUAAACAGAUCCCUGGAUACUUCAAUUUCCUUCGCAAGAGGUUCUUCUUUAAAACGAAUUAG